AUGACGCAAAGGAACUGCAUACUCUAUUUGAAAAAUAUGUCAGUGCUUUGGUUGAGAACAUUGACAACAGGUUUACAGAUAGCUCACCAGUCUUGGAAGCAUUCAAUGUUUUUGAUCCAAUGCUGGUGCCUGAUUCUGGUGUUGAGAUGAGGAGUUAUGGUCACGGUCAAAUUGAAGUGCUGUCUAAUCAUUACUUCAAGGAAAAUCCUGAUAAAUCAGACAGACUGAAAGCAGAGUGGGAAGGAAUGAAAUAUCAUUUGAGAGAUGUCAUCAAACCUAGCAUGCCUGAUUCUGUUAAAUCAGGCAAAGAACAAACAGAAACUACUACUGAAUGGUGUCUUCUACAACUGCUAAAGAAUAUUGCAGUGAGGCAACUGUAUCCCAAUGUAAUCUACAUUGCAGAAGUGAUAGCCUCACUCCCAGUUUCUAAUGCAUGGCCUGAGAGAGGUGCUAGUACACUGAAGGCUUUGAAAACAAGGCUGCGUAACAGACUGAGUACAUCCAUGUUAGAGUCUUUGCUUCACAUUUGCAUAAAUGCUCCUAAGCCAUCAUCCCUGGAAGGUCAGCAGCUAGUGAAGGCAGCUGUAAAUGCAUGGUUAGAGAACAGAAACAGGCGUAAACUUCCAAAACAGUCUGGAUCAGCAACAGUCACAGCUGCUAGUGCUACAAGUGUCAUAGAUGUUGAGGAUGCUGGAGUCCAGACAGAUCCAUAUAUGGAUGUUAGUGAAGAUGUCAUCAGGACAGCAGUUGACAUUGCUUUAAAAAAGCUUAGCCUUGACGAGUAUGAUGCUGGCGACUCAGAUUCAGACUGGUCAGAUGACGAAGAUUGUUGUUCCAAAAAUUUGUGACUGUGCAGUUUGGUAAUACUUCAAGUUCUUAAACAAAUAAUAAUCAAAAACUGAGUUUUAAAGUAAAGUUCACAGGUACAGUAGUUAUUAAGUGUUGUUACUUGUACCCGAAAUCGCUCUAGUGCCAGAAGUGCAUAUCAUUAUUUUCAAAAUUUUCCAAGAGAUGGCAUGCUUCUCCCUGCAAAGUCAUGACAUCUUGGGUUUUUUUCUUCAGUAUAACAAACCCAGAAAACUAAGUAAAAAGUAGUAAAAUUUAGAGACCAAAUUCGGACGAUUAAUGGGCCCACAA